GGUUAGUUUCAGUCUGGGCCACGAAAAUGCUGCAGACGCGCUCCUGUGGCCGCCACGCAGGGUGCUGGCGACCGCCGGCGAGGCUCAAGGCUGUCGCCUCGCUCAAGACGUCAGAGACUGUCGCAGCUCCCGUCGAGUCCUUCCCGUCAUCCGGCGAGCUCUGGGUGGAGAUACUUCACUCGGGUGGUGCUGCACCGAUCAGCCGCGGGGACGAGGUCGAGCUCCACUACGCCUGCCUCCUCGCUCGCUCCGCCUGCUGCAUGGACUCGUCGCGCUCCAAGCCGUGCAGCCGGCGAGAGCCGAUGCGCGUCGAGGUUGGAAGCGGCCGGGUGGUCGAGGGGAUGGAUCGCGGCCUGUGUCAGCUGGGGCUGGGCGACCUGGCUCGCAUCCACGUGCCCGCGCGCCUUGGGUACGGAGACGAACUCGCCGGCCCGAUCCCGCCCGGAUCGGCCCUCGUCUUUGAGGUUGAGGUUGUGCGAGUCAACGGCGCCGCCUGCGCCGGCCUGCCCACUCCGCUGCUGCGGCAGCUGCUCACGCUGCCUGCCAUGCCGCCGCCGCUCCGCGCCAUCACGUCACCGCUCGUCCACGCCGAAGCGGCGCGCACCGCCGCCGCCGCCGCCGCCGCUUGCGCUGCCGGGCCCUCGAGCUGGUCCGGGUGGGUGCGGCGGCUGCGCGGGCCUCUGCGGCCGUCGGAGGCGGCGCACUUCGAGCGCUUCUUCGCGGCGCGGCUCGGCAGCGAGGCCGCACUCGAGGCUGCAGCUUCGCAGGCCGACUUUGGCGCCUCGCUGCUGCCCGGAGCGCUGCCCGUGCCUCGGGCGCCUCACGGGAGUGCGUGGGACGGCAAGGCGCCUCUCGUGCUGACCGGACCGCGAGCGGGAUGGGCGCCGCGCGAGUGGGGCUGGGGGUGGUUCGGCGAGCGGCACGGCGAUGAGGCGGUCCUCUGCAAGCAGCGCGCGCCGAUCUUCGACGAGGACCGCGGCGACUCGACGCUCAUAGCAGAGUGCUCGCUGCGCGAGUAUAUGCGGUACGCCGAGGAGAUGGAGACUGCGCCGGAGGAGCUGCCUCUCCUCUACAUGAAUGGAUGGGACUUGUUCGAGUCGCACCCGUGCUUGUGGGACGCGUCGAUCGAUCAGAUCCCGGGAAGCAUCACCAACUUGUCGACGGCAGCUGCGCCUCCUCCCCUUCCGCCGCUCCCGCCACGCUCUUCAACUCCCCAGUUUCCGCCUCCGCCUCCGCCUCCGCCUCCGCCUAACCCCUCAGCUGACGCCUCUUCCCGCCACCUCCCGCCGUUGCCACCCGCAGGCGGCCUACGUGGCGAUGCACAAGCGAUUCCGCCUAGGCGGCGACUCGCUCGAGUAUGCGACGGGCAAGGUGCGGCAGCUGUGCAAGGUCUUCAUCGGCUGCCGCGGCGCCAUCACGCGCAUGCAUACCGACAACCACCGCGCCCACGCGUGGCUCUCACAGCUGCACGGCCACAAGCUGUACGUCGCCGCGCCGCCGGGCGAGGGGAGGCGGAUACACCCGCGGAGGCCGGGAGGCGGCGGGAGGCUGCCGCGGCUCGAUCCCCUGGACGCGUCGCAGAGGGCGGCGCCGCAGCACGCCGGCGUGGAGCUGUGGGCGACCGUGCUCAGCCCCGGCGAGACGAUCGUGCUUCCCGAGGGGUGGUGGCACUACGCCGCCUCCCUCUCCCCCACAGUCACGCUGAUGUGCAACUUUUGGGACCAGAGCAACGUGCGCGCGGUGGAGGAUAUCUUCACCGAGCAAGCCGCGCGCGCGCUCGACGAGCAGCGGCGCGAGGCGGCCGCCAAGGCCGCGAGCGGCGCCGGCCCGCCCGUCGCCGCGGUCUCCGCCGCCACCUCGAGUGCAGAGCGCCCGAUCGGCGCUGGCGAGCCUCGACUCUACCGCGUCGUCCACGCGCCGUUUGUCUACUUGCGCGCCGCGCCCAGCACGGAGGCGCCGAUGCUUGGAAUCGCGCGCAAGGGCGCGACCGUCGAGGCGGACGCGAUGCGCGACGGCUGGCUCCGCCUAGCGGAGCCGUGCAAGGGCGGCGGGUGCGGGUGGGUCCUGGAGCAUGGGGGCCGCAUGGGGCUGGGGAAGCUUCUUGAGCCGACUCAGGAGUGAGUCGCUCGCGUGUCGGUGAAAAUACAGACACACCGUCA